AUGGGAGAUGAUGACAAUUAUCAAGGACGUGAUAAAGGUCUUGAGAUGAAGAAGGACAUACGAUGUCCGAUGCUAUCAUCGACCAACUACACCGUAUGGUCAAUGCGAAUGAAAGUGAUGGUUCGUUUAUACGAUGUUUGGGAUACGAUUGAUCCAGGGAGCUAUGAUGCAAAGAAGAACAAUAUGGCGAUUGCUAUAAUCUUUCAAUCAGUCCCGGAAGCGCUAAUACUUCAGAUAGGAGAACAUGAUACAUCGAAGAAGAUUUGGGAAGCUAUCAAAUCCCGUAACCUAGGUGCUGAUCGCGUGAGAAAAGCGAGGUUACAGACUUUGAUGGCUGAGUUCGACAAACUGAAGAUGAUAGACACAGACACGGUGGAUGACUACGCAGGAAAACUUUCAGGCUUAGCAUCGAGAGCAGCCGCGUUAGGAGAGAUAAUGGAAGCAUCGAAGUUGGUAAAGAAGUUUUUGAAGGGGCUUCCAAGAACGAAGUUUAUUCACAUCGUAGCUUCAUUAGAACAAGUGUUAGAUCUGAAUUCAACGGGGUUCGAAGAUAUUGUUGGGAGAUUGAAGGAUUUCGAAGAACGCAUAAAAGAAGAAACCCAAGAUGAAGGUCAAUCGAAUCUCAUGUUUGGAAAGAAUGAUAUGCAAGGUAGUGGAAGCCAUAACAACUCGCGAGGAAGAGGCAGAGGCAAGAGAGAGUUCUUCUCAAACCUAGAUGAGAGCAUCAAAGGCAAAUUCAAAUUCGGUGAUGGAUCAAACGUCAAGAUUGUUGGGAAAGGUUCGAUCACGUUAAUCGGAAAAACAGGGGAGAGAUGA